CAUGGCGAUAGACGCAGGGGGGAGGAACUGUGGUGCUCAUGAGCUGAUCUGUGCCAGACGAGUCUCUCCUGAGCUUCUGGGUGUCCUCUCUUCCAUUGCAGCAUUCAUGGCGCUGAUGGCUCUCUGUUUUCUUUACCUCAGCAACAAACUGUCUGCGGAGAGUCCCGACAAUCUGUCACAUCUCAGUGGCUGUAAGAACGACCAUAAAGAUGGAGUCGUAUCAGAGAGCGAAGAAGAAAAAAGCCCCGAGGGUAUGAAACAGGAGAACACAAAGUCGGCGUGGAGCAGCAAGAGCCAAGAGUCCAACGGGCAGGGGGGGUACAGCAGUGAGGCCUCCAGCGACCACGCGGUCAACACCAUCCAGCGGAUGAAGAGAGAGUCCUCCGUCAGCGAGCUCCAGCCUCCUCCCUACCAGGACAAGAGCUCAGGGGGAUGCAGGACCUCUCGUUCCCGCUCAGAGCGAGGGGCCAGGAGGACGUCGUUCCCACGGCGCUGCGACAGCCCCCGCUGCUCCAGCGAGGCCAGCGUGGAGCAGGACACUGAGAGCUACCUCAACAAAGGCUGCGAGGAGGAUAUUCCCAGCGACAGCACUGCCGUUCUGGGCCCAGAGGAUCUUCUGUUCCCUUCGGCCUACGAGCCUGAGCCCCUCGCCAAGUACGGCACGCUGGACGUCGCCUUCGAGUACGACUCAGGCGAGCAGUGGCUGGCCGUCACGGUGACGGCCGCCACGGACAUCCCCACUCUCAAACAGACGGGCAACAUCUCCUGGCAGGUCCACCUGGUCCUUCUGCCCACCAAGAAGCAAAGGGCCAAGACGGGCGUGCAGAAGGGCCCGUGUCCCGUCUUCACGGAGACGUUUAAGUUUUCCCGGGUGGAGCAGGAGGCCCUGGGGCAGUGCGCGGUCCGGUUCCGCCUGUACAGCAUCAAGCGGAUGAAAAAAGAGAAGGUCCUGGGAGAGAAGGUGUUCUACCUGACCAAGCUGAACCUGCAGGGGAAAAUCGCCCUCCCCGUCACCCUGGAGCCCGGCUCCGAGCUCCCAGGCUGCGGCUCUCUGGUGAGCGUCUCUCGCAGCGCGGCAGCUCUGUCCUACCGCUCCACCGAAGACUCGUCCUUGCCAGAGAUCCUCCUGGGUCUCAUCUAUAACUCUUCCACGGGACAGCUAUCGGCUGAGGUCAUCCAGGGAAGCCACUUCAAAACCACGGCGUCUGAUAAACCCGUCAACGGUCUGUUUUGUUGUGUGAAACACUUCGUUGGGGGACAGUUGUAUAUAAUGAGAGACACCUACGUGAAGCUGACCAUGCUGGACUCCAAGGGGAAGGAGAUGUCCAAGUGCAAGACGGCCGUGUGCCGCGGCCAGCCCAACCCCACCUACAAGGAGACGUUCGUGUUCCAGGUGGCGCUCUUCCAGCUGUCCGAGGUGUCGCUGGUGGUGUCCGUGUUCUGCCGCCGGAGCAGCAUGAGGCCCAGGGAGCGGCUGGGCUGGGUCUCCCUGGGUCUCAACAGCACCAGCGAGGAGCAGCAGGUCCACUGGGCGGAGAUGAGGGAGGCGGAGGGACAGGUCUGCCACUGGCACACUCUCACCGACACAUAGGAGGAGAUUCAUGAAGACCGAGCAGCAAAAGCUUCCUGUGGACUUCCAGCUCGGGGAGAGCAGGAAGCCCCUUGCAAGAUGUUUAUUCUUGUGUGUGUGUUGCGUUCAGGCAUGAGGAUGGGCAUCGCUUCCCAGCCUUCACCACCAGAAUGCAUCAAUGCCCUUUAAUCGGCCACGUCUCGGCACACGGACUUCACAGGUGGGGGUGUCCAACUCCCGCUCCAGGCCUUUUACUGCCGCGCUGGAAAUGACUGACGGCAUCAUUACGAGCGAGUUCAGAGGGAAACAGUUCACAGCGAACUCUGCAUGUGCACUAACCGUUUACAGGACAAUGUAAAGACACUCUCAAACAAUUCCUUUCUUUCAAUCUCGGACCAAAGAGCUCGGUCCAGGACUGGCGGACCUUCCUUUCUCUUCCUUCUGGGCUUCAGCUGCCACCAGCAUACCAGACAUUUCUGUACCAGUCGUAGCCACUGACAAAAGAGAAUGCAAUGAGAGGACUGUUAAAAAAAAAAAAAGAAAAAAAAAAAGGCCUACAACAUGCUGCAGCUAUGCUUACAAGCUCCGCUUUUGUACAGUACGUUUACAUGCACAACAUUAUGCAAGAUCUAUUCAUUGGUCUCCUCUUUCAUGUCCUCGGUUGUGUUUUACCAGUAGUGUCGGUAUCACACACAGAUCUGUCUUUAUAUCGUGGUCUUGCAUAACUUGAGUAUACUAUGCAUCGGAUGCCACUUCAAACAAGAAGAAUGCACUUCUUUCUUCCUGUGUGACUUUCUUACAAAAAUGAACAGAAGACAGAAGACUGCAUGCCUGUAGGUAUCAAAGUACAGUUCUCCUCCCUGCGUGGGACAGAUUGAGCCUGUUUCACCGUUCAGCCUUCUGACAACUCAGCCAUGUUCAUUCAUGUAGAAACAUGGUGCUUCCCGCUGAGGAGGAAUAUGCAAGACUUCACAGUCCAAUAAACUUGGCUGUCUUUGAGGCAGCGCCGAUGACAGCCUCAGCUGUUUGCUGCAAACUGAGUUGUAGAGGGAGAGAAAAUAAAUACAGUACAGAGAUGUCAUAUUUUUUUUUCUCAUUUUAAGGGGAAUGUUGAAUGUAUUGUUGCAUAAAACAAAACCAAAAUAUAGCAAAUAAAGUUUUGGUUAUACUGGACCUGCAUCAUCUCUAGAUUUGCAAAAACAGAUAUGAGUCACGACGAGCCACAACCCCCCCGAGGUUAGAGAUAAGUCAACCACAGACACACCCGAGCUUCAGGGAUACAAAUGCAACCCUCUCCCAGCCAGCCCCAUCCAGAGAGGUGUAGGAUGCCCUUUUCUCUGUCUCCAACUGAUGUCAGGUUUGAGGCCUCCAUCUGGGUGAAGGUUACUGCCGCCACACCUCUUCCCGUCUGUGUCUUGCAUUGGGACAGACUCCCUUAAAAUACAAUCUAAUUCUUUGAAAGACAUUGCGAGACUUAAUGAGAACCAGAUGUCUGACGCUCCCACUAAGUACUGUUGCACGGUAUGUUGAGAGGGAGCAGCUUCUUCUGAGCUUGCAUCACACGGUCAGAUUCUGUUUGACACCCAUUGAUGGGAAAUCGGGGGCAUUUCGGGGGGGCUGUUCACUUUUCUUCCAGUUAAGAUUCGACUUUUGUUUCCAGUUGGAGGCAGUAGCCAGUGAAUUUAGUGAAACAGCCAACUUGCACUACAACUUUUAUGUAUUAUUUAUGCAACAAGUUGUGCCCUGGGACUAUUUCUUUUGCGUUAAAAUAUGUUCCGGUUGCUUGGCAACUGGUUCCAUCCAGGAAAUGACAGCCGUCCCUUGUGAAGUGGGAAAUAUAAUUUUCUCCACUGAUUGAAAGAGCUGCAACCUGUUAUUUUUUGUAAUAUUGAGAUGUAAACAGAAUGUGUGUGGUCCUUGAAGGAUGUGAAUCUUCAACAUUUCCCCCAGUAAUGUCCCAAUCUAUUCAAAUUUCAACAGACACAAGACUCUUGAUUUUGUUUUUCUUUUCUUGGAAACAAUGUUGAGUUUUUAUUUCCAAUAAUUUAGCUUUCAACGGGACGUUUAACGUUGUCGUCUGGUACAGAACAAGCAGUGCUGCCGGUGGCCCAUGGUCGCCCAGCAUUCCACCACUGCUCUUUACAUUCUACAGGGUGACUGCAGCCUUCAAAUCUUCUCUGCACUGAGCCACAGAUCACUGAAGAUGUACGGUAGGACCACCAGCUGACCCCGAACCCGGCCCCGAGGACUUGUUCGGAGAGAAACGGGCAGUACCGAAGGCCCGGGAGUUCCAAUAAAAGUUCUGCGAUGUGAUGAGGAGGUUAGACGUCUGGCUGGUUUUUCAAAUUUGCGACUGCAAGAUAAAGAUGAAAUGAGGAUUUGUUCUGGUCAAUUCACAACAAACUAAUUAAGAAUAUGGCUCCUGGUUUUAUCCCUCUGGGGUAAACAGGCCUGAUCAGGCAUCUUUAUUUCACUGGGAGGGAAUGCAGAGUAGACGGAGCCAGCGGAGACGGUGGAGAUUCCUCCUCCCCCACCCCACAUUCAGAGGCACCAAAAUACUUUUCAUUGGCAAUGAAGAUAACAAGAUGGCUCCUUUAGGUUCAAGUCUGUUUGAUUUGGAAUAAUAAACUACAAUGUCUUAUCUUUUUAUUGCAUGUCUCACCCAUUUAAAAAAAAAAAAAUCUUCAAUAAUAUAUUCAAUAAAUAUACAG